CCCAUUCUCUUUACUUUCUCUUGUGUCAUCUUCAGUCAUCAACAAUUUAUCAAGAUAAUAAAAUCAUCCUAGAGAAGAGAAGACAUUACUUACACAAAGUGCAACCAUGGGUAGCAGCAAUAAGGAGAAGGAGAGAAACAUUGAGUUUAUGUUUAACGAUGAUGAUGUAGAGGAACAAUAUGAAAAGAUAGAGAGCGAGAGUAGUAGUGAUAAUGAUGAUGAUGAUGAUCAUUCAGUUCAGCUUCAGUCUUUCACUUCUCAGCAAUGGCCUCAAAGCUACAAAGAGACUACAGAUUCUUACACAAUUGCUACAGCACCAAAUUUUGUGUCAAUUCUACGAGGGCCAAGUUCUAUUUAUUCAAGUUUUAGCAAUCGUUCAAAGAGUGACUUAGACAUAGAUGGAAAGACUCCUUUUCUAUCAGGUCUUGAAGGUACUACUCAAUCCACAUGGUGGGAGAAACGUUCGACGCAAAAUCUUGUUGGAGAAAUGCCUCUUGGUUAUGGUUGCAGCUACACUCAAACAGUUUUCAAUGGGAUUAAUGUGAUGGCUGGAGUGGGCCUUCUGUCUACACCUUAUACAGUGAAACAAGCUGGUUGGAUGGGCUUGGUCCUGAUGCUUAUUUUUGCAUCUGUUUGUUGUUAUACAGCCACCCUUAUGAGACACUGCUUUGAAAGCAGAGAAGGACUCACUAGCUAUCCAGAUAUAGGAGAAGCUGCAUUUGGUAGAUAUGGCCGUAUUUUUGUAUCUAUCAUUUUGUACACUGAAUUAUAUUCAUAUUGUGUGGAAUUCAUCACCUUGGAAGGAGAUAACCUCACUGGUCUGUUUCCUGGAACGUCCUUAGAUAUAGGCGGUCUCCAUUUAGAUUCCAUGCACUUGUUUGGAGUUCUGACUGCAUUAGUUAUUCUACCCACUGUUUGGUUGAAGGAUCUCCGAGUAAUCUCGUAUCUAUCAGUUGGAGGGAUUGCAGCAACAAUAUUGAUUAUUAUAUCUGUGUUCUCUGUCGGGACGACUGUUGGAUUCCAUCAUACUGGUCGAGUGGUGAAUUGGAGCGGCAUUCCAUUUGCUAUUGGUGUUUAUGGGUUUUGCUUUGCAGGACAUUCAGUCUUUCCAAAUAUAUACCAGUCUAUGGCUGACAAAAAACAGUAUACCAAAGCAUUGAUAACAUGUUUUGUUUUGUGUAUUUUGAUAUAUGGAAGCGUUGCGGUCAUGGGAUUUCUCUCCUUUGGCGAUGACACUCUGUCUCAGAUAACAUUGAAUAUGCCAGCAGGUGCAUUUGCUUCCAAAGUUGCAUUGUGGACAACAGUAAUUAACCCAUUGACUAAAUAUGCUUUGUUGAUGAAUCCACUGGCGAGGAGUCUAGAGGAGUUGCUGCCAGAGAGAGUUUCAAGUACUUAUUGGUGCUUUAUUCUUCUUAGAACAACACUUGUUGCAUCUACAGUUUGUGCUGCUUUUCUGAUUCCUUUUUUUGGACUUGUGAUGGCUUUGAUCGGUUCACUCUUCAGUAUGCUUGUGUCGGUGGUAAUGCCCAGUUUAUGCUUUUUAAAAAUUGUCGGGAAGAAGGCUACAAGGUCACAGGUUAUCGUGAGCGUUAUAAUUGCUGCUGCCGGAAUCGUUUGUGGACUACUUGGAACAUAUUCCUCUCUGAUGGAUAUUGUCAACAGUUACUAAAACAAUUACUACUCUCACUCUCUUUAUGGUGGAGAGUUUAUGCUGAGUUUUUUUUUUUUUUUUUUUUUUUUUAAAUUACAGCUUACCAGAACUUUGUUUUAUUUUGAACUCUAUCAAAUUUAUAUUUUGCACCAGAACUGCCAAUCAAUUUAUAUUAUAAGUAGAGUUAAAAUA